AUCCCUAUCCCUCUGUUUGCGUAUAGUUCCAAACAGGAGUUUGAAAGGAAGCAACAAACAGAACCCAAGCAAACCGUCCCCAGCCACUUUCAACGGUUCUUGUUGCCUUGUCCUCUCCUCGGACCAAAAUUUAACGAGAUGCAGAACCACCAAUCAGCGCCCGCCACGUACACCACCAUCCCCAUCUCUCUUUCUCACGUCAAUUCUCGCUCCCUUCACAAUCUAACUGCCACCCUCUCCCGCCACCUUCGCCCCUGGCCUCAACUCCUCGGCUCCGGUUCCCGAUCCUUCUCCCCACCCAACUCCUUCCUCUCCCGAGCCCCCGCCAACUUCCGCUAUUUCUCCGCCAACUACUCCCUCGUCGUUGCCGCCACCUCGGCCCUCUCCCUCAUCGGUUCCCCUCUCUCGCUCCUCCUCUGCUGCGCCGUCUUCGCUCUUUGGCUCCUCCUCUUCUUCUUCAGAGAGGACCCACUCGUGCUCUGGGGCCAUUGCGUCAGCGAUCGCCUUGUGCUCUUCUCUUUGGCUUUCCUUUCCGGGUUGACUGUCUGGGUGUGCGGCGUCCUCCAAAAUUUGGCUUUAGGUUUAGCGAUCGGGGUCCUUGUCUGCGGGGUCCAUGCCCUUCUUAGGAACUCCGAUGGCCUCUUUCUCGAUGAGAACGACGCCGUUUCUACUGGGUUGGUCCGCUCAACAUCUGCUUCCCCCUCUCCGAAUUAGCAGGAAUUUUGCCUUUUCUUUCUUUAAAAGGGUACUGGCAAGGGUGGGAGAGAGGUUUUGAAUUUUGAUUGACAGGUUUUGGUUUUGGUUUUGGUUUUGGUUUGGUUUGGCUUGGUUUUUGUAUGUUGUUGUUGGUAGUUAGUUUGGUCAUAGAUUCUCAGACUUUGCAUUGGAUUUUUUAUUUGAAAAAAGGUUGUUCUUUCUGGGUUUCGUUCAA